AUGGCCGGCGCCGCGGGCGACAGGGCGGAAGGUGUGGGCGGUGGCGGGGACGGGCCGCCGUUCGCCGGCGACGCCUUCGCGGAGUACUCGUCGUCGGUGUUCGCGGAGCUCGGUGGAUGGUCGGAUGGCCUUGGCGCGGGCGCCGGGGAGCUGCCGCCGCUGGAUCUGCCGGCGGCGAGCGCGUCCGGGCCGGUCCCGAUGGCGCGGUCGGACGAGAUCAUGCCGGCCGCGUCAGGCGAGCCCGCAGGCGCCGCCUCCUCCUGCUCCAGCGGCGACGGCGCCGCAGCCGCCGCGGAGAACGCCGACAAGCCGCAGGAGGCCGCCGACGCAGCGAGCAUGAAGCCGGCGGCGGCGGCAGGGAAGAAGGGGCAGAAGCGGGCGCGGCAGCAGCGGUUCGCCUUCGUGACCAAGAGCGAAGUUGAUCACCUCGAGGAUGGGUACAGAUGGAGGAAGUAUGGGCAGAAAGCCGUCAAGAACAGCCCUUUCCCAAGGAGCUACUACCGGUGCACCAACAGCAAGUGCACCGUGAAGAAGCGGGUGGAGCGGUCGUCGGAGGACCCCUCCGUGGUGAUCACCACCUACGAGGGCCAGCACUGCCACCACCAGACCUCCUUCCAGCGCGGCGGCAUGCACUUCCACGGCGCCGCCACCGUUGCGCUCGCCGAGCAGAUGUCGUUCGUGUCAACUCAGCAGCUGUACAACCUGCCGCCCCUGCGCCGACAACAGAUGAAUCCUGCAUCGUCGGAGUCCGCCGUUAGCUCCGUGCCGCCGUCUUUGCAGCAGCUCAACGGCGGCGACGAACUGCGAAGGUCAACUAGCUAUAGCCCCACGGCGUCCGCGGUGCAGACACCGUCGUCGUCGUUGGUGCCUCCGGACGUUUCCUUUGACAUGGGACUGCUUGGCGACAUCGUGCCUCCAGGAAAUUAUCUCCCUACUGGCUAUAUCUGA